CCUCACUCACAGGGGUAUUAGUGCCGCUCAGCAGCCCGAACAUACAGAAGCCGCUGCCUUGCCUCCCCCCUCCCCUACACACCCCACCUUAAGACCUCUCUGCAGACAAAUAAAAGCCAGGCCUGAGCAGACGCUUCGACUCAGCACUCGUCUGUUCCAUCCAUCAGUGAAGACAGCUUGAGUUAGGUGACCUGUCCCCUCCCCGGCGUCCCAGCAGGCAGGCAUGGCAGACGGUCGGCAGCCAGACGAGCACUGGGCCUCAAACGGCCAGGAGAACGGCGAGAAUGGCUACUCCGCCUACAGCUCUGCCUACAGGGAGAACGGAUACCACGGUGGGGCAGCCGCACAUCCUGGAGCGACAGUGGAUGACUCAGCCAAUUUGCCUCCCUCCCCUCCCCCCUCUCCAUCCGCUGAGCAGAUUGGGCCCGUGGCACAAGCCCAGCCAGAAGAAUGUAUCAGUAAGGAAUCUUGUGAGUCUGCCAUGAAAGGAGAUGAACCUCAAGCGGCGUCGCUACAAGAGACACAGUCGGCUGUUGAAAGAGCAACACCUGAAGGUGCAGAGCUCGCCUCAGUUGAACCUCCACCUUCCCCUGUGAAAGAGAAAGAGCUCUCUGACCUCUCUGACGUCUCCUCAGUUGAGCUCGGUGACCAAGAGAAAAAGGAAGUAAUAGAAGAGGCUGCUGAGAGCAACCUGCUUGUAGAGUCCAAAGAAAAAGAAGCAAAACAAUCUCUACUGACAGAAGAGUUAUCAAAUCUUCCGGAGGACGACAAAGAGGGAGUUAUCUUACCAAGCGAAUCAGGAGCCCCUAUGAAUGAAAGCAAGGACAAACAAGAGAAGGAUGAGGGGAUAAAUAAGGAGGGCCAAGAUAGUGGCAAUGACAUUGAGUUGCCGGUGACUGACAUUCAAAAAGGGGACCAAAGGCAAGAAGCAGUCGGGUCAAGUCCAGAACCUGGCACAGAGUUGAAAGAGACAUCAGAUAUUUUACACGAGUCCGGAGCAAAAACCUACUUUGAGACAACCUCACAAACCCAAAGCUAUUACGAACUCAGCACAGCAGCCGAGGAAAAGCUAAGUGAGGACACUAAAAGCAUUGUGCAGCAGCUCGGUGAACAGGAGGAGAGGAAAGCCAAAAUAUCUCCUGGUAAGAUGUCACUGGAACAAAGAAGCCUCUCCCUAAACAUCACUGUUGGGUCUUCAACAGGACAGAUGGGGAAGGGAGAGAAUCUAAGGACCUUGUGUCCGAUCAGUGGCAGCUUUGAUGAAUCCGAGGUUUACCCUUCAACACCAUCUGUGGAGAGCCAACACCAGUUUCCUCCAGCCGUCUCCAUUACCCCAACUGACCCUGAAUCACCUCAAGAGACCCCAACAAAGCCAGACCCACCUUUACCUUCUGACAAGCACAAAUGUCUUGAACAUUCAGGUAGUCUCUCUGAAAUGUUGGACCUGGCUGGAGACCUACCUCAGCCGUCAUUAGAGAGGAGGAAGCUUGACCACAUGAGGAGAAAGUCCGUGCCCGCUAAUGUAUCGGCUCUAGUGGGGAGUUCUUUGGCCAAGCUUGAUUUGGUCGAUCAAACCUCAAGAGUUGUAGGAGGGGAGACCCAGCUGGAGGAACUGGGCUACUGUGUCUUCAAUGAGUACUCGGGACCCAUGCCUUCUCCUGCCGAUGUACCCAGUCCUGGAGACUCUCCGCACCAGCACUUCCCUUCAAUGGAAAGUGAAGUUGAGGAGGAGCUCGGGGCCACAGAAGUUGAAGGCGUUCAGAAAGGAACUCAACAAGAAGAUUGUAAAGGGAUUAUCCCUGAGAUUUCUCCAAAAACUGUGUCAGAAAAGAAAGAUGCACCAGUAAAGAGUACCCUGAUUCUUGAGAAGGCCGUGACAAGUGGAGUAAAAGCUGAUCGCUUAAGAAUCCCAUCGACUCCCUCAAAAGACAGACUGAAUGAGUUUCGUUUGGAGACUGGCCUGCCUGGUGACAUAAAGAUACAAGCAAUUCCUGAGGUAGACAUUGAAAAGGACCCCUCCAGAGAGGCUUCUCCCAUCCCACCAGACCGCUCCUUUACUUUCACUCCGAUUGAAACUGGAAGCAAGGUUCCCCCAACUCCAACCACCCCCAAAACCCCAGAUGAUACACCCUCAGAAACGCAAGUCACUGGAGAGAAGGAAGCGAAAGGUGUCCAACCAGAGGUCAAAGCAGAGGACGAACCAGAGUCUGAGAGGAUUGAUGAUAAACAGACAGAGUUGGACGAAGAAAUGCAGAAAUCUGAGCAGGAGGAAUCAGAAGAAAGAAGGGAUGAACCAGAAAUGGCAAACAUACCUUCAGCAUCAUCUCAGUGUUUAGGGGAGACCACAGAAAAAGAUGACAAGAAGAUUCGAAGUGAAUGUGGAACUCCUACAACAUUAGAAGGAAUAGAAAGGCAGGAUAUCUCAAAAGCUGGUCAGGAUUUAAGCACUGAAAAGCCAUUAGAUGAGAAAGAUGAUCAAAUCCAUGAGGUGGCUAAAGGCGCACCAAAACCACAAAUAUCCUCCCCAAUCAUCAUUAUACCUCAAGCACAAGUAGAGGAAGCAGAUGAAGAGGAUGAUAUAGAGAUUGCUGAAGAGCCUCAAGAGGUAAUGGACGGAGCUGAAGUGCCUGAGAGUCUAAUCAAGGUGAGGCUGACGGUUGGCGAUCGGAUGGUGGAUGAUGAUCCAAAGUCUGGCACAGAAGACUGGAGUCACAGUGUGCAAAACAGUGAAGGGGACCCGGCAACAGACAGUUCACACUUGUCUCCAUGCUCUGAACAUGAUCUACCACUGCACCCGGAUGAAUGUGGCAAAGACGAUUGGACAGGGGAGGAUAAAGAAGGAGAAGACGCACAUAAAAGUAUGGAGGAAGGGACGAAAGAGGAGGGCGAGGGGUUAAAGACAGACCAAACAACAGUGGAGGAGCAAGUGGAAGACGUUGGUUCUGAUGGGGUUGGCGAAAAGAAAGAGAUGAAAACAACGGAGGAUGAGGAAAAGAAGAGUGAGGUGGGUGAGGAGGAGAAAGACGUCGAGAUUGGUCAGGAGGUGGAAGAGACGUCCGCUGUGCUCGGCCAGACCAGUCAGCCAGCGAACGAUGAAACCACCAUGGACGUCUCCAUCCUAGAUACAGACAGUGGCUGGAUGGACUCACAAGAUGAUGACAAAAGUAUCAUGACCGAGCAAAUCGAAGCCCUUCCUCAGGUCCAGAGUCCUACCAGUACACCUGUGGUGGACAGACCCGCUAAACGGGCCCCUGGCAGAGGAAGGGGCCACCCUGGCCCCACUGAGAGUAAAGGGUCCCGCAAAAUACCCAGCCACCAUCCACCAAGAGAGGAGAUAAAGAAGAAAAAAGUAUCCGCGAGGAGGGCUGACCAGAUAAAGGUGUCAGCCCUCCAAAGUCGUUCUCCAUCUCGAAAGAGUGUAGCCAGAGCGGCAGCCAGACACCCUAGGCCCGCUCUGCUUCACGGCUCUGCUAGACGCAAGGCCUCAGGUAUGGAAAGCCAUCAGCCCCUCAGUGUGGCCCACCAGUCCAGGGAGAGGACCACUGAGAGAGCGUACCGCAGCCCAGAGAAGAGGUCGUCUCUGCCCAGGCCGGCCAAAUCUCUGACACGCCACAUCCCUGCUGCUGAACAGGAAGACAACACCCCCUCCAGGCCAACCUCGAUCCAGUCCAGAGGGGACAGCAGGUCUGGAAGAGCCCUUGGUAUGGCAGGUACAGAUUCUGCACGUUCCCGAUCAGUGCGCAGCGGGGCCUCCACCCCCGGCUCCACCGCCGUCACGCCCGGCACACCCCCCACCUACUCCUGCCGCACCCCCGGCUCUCGCACGCCCGGCAGCCACACGCCAAAGUCCUUCAGCGUCCUCCAGGAGAAGAAGGUGGCGGUGAUCCGAACCCCGCCCAAGUCGCCCUCCUCCGCCCAAAGGCAGCUGAAGGUUCUCAAUCAGCCCCUGCCUGACCUGAAGAAUGUAAAGUCCAAGAUCGGCUCCACCUCCAACCUCAAGCACCAGCCGAAAGGCGGACAGGUCAUGAUUCCAAGUGUUAAACUGGACUUUAGCCACGUUCAGGCUAAAUGUGGCUCCCUGGACAAAAUCCAGCACGCAGCAGGCGGCGGAAAUGUCCAAAUCCAGACCAAGAAGGUCGACAUGAGCCACAUCACCGCCAAAUGUAACUCCAUGUCCAACAUCCGUCACAGACCAGGGGGAGGAAAUGUGCGCAUCGAGAACGUGAAGCUGGACUUUAAAGACAAGGCCGCUCCCAAGGUCGGCUCUCUGGGCAACACCAGCCACACUCCUGGAGGGGGGAAUGUUAUGAUCGAGAGCCACAAGCUGUCCUUCCGGGAAACGGCCAAAGCUCGGGUGGAUCACGGCGCGGAAAUCGUCGUCACGCACACCGCCGGGAUCGAGACGGGGGGCACUUCCCCUCGCAUGUCCUCCUCCGGCAGCAUCAACAUCCUGGAUUCGCCCCAGCUCUCCACGCUGGCCCAGGAUGUCACCGCUGCCCUGGCCAAGCAGGGCUUAUGAGCGGGCUGCCUCCGCCUAGGAUAACCUCCAGAAUCCACACAAUCACUCCUCUCCCCAUCGAUCUCUUUCACUCAUAAGCAUCCAGUGUUUUCCCAUGGUCCUUCACUGCAACAUGACCCCCCCCCACUUGACCCCACAGGUUCUACAGUUGUAGCUGAUCGACUGUCUCGUCCAUCAAGCACCCUUCCGACCCCUUCCAGUGGGAUUUUAAAAAAAACUCAAGGAUUAUUUUUCAUUCACACCCUUAAAGGGUACACACUCCGUCACUCUUUAUUUGUUUUUCGUUUGUUCCCUAUCACUCAAAUAUGGACUUUUCUGUUUUGUUCUAGAUAGACCGAAGGCUAAGGUUUGAGUGGAUGUGUUUGUCUAAGAAGGCAUUGACGGUUUUAAGAUUGUACAGUGAUUUUAAGCGUGAAAAGCAUCACAUUCCACUCAUACGGGGAUAAAUGUAAGGUGAACUGUUGCAUAAUGUUUGUUCAGAAUUAAAAUGGUACUGAAUGCAAGAAAAUAGCUACUUGAUACUAGACGCUAGUCUUAAAGAUAAAACUGUGUGAGAGGCUUAACUUCCAGAAACAUGGCUUGUAACUGAACCUGCAGAAGAAUGGCUGAAGAGCAUGUCUGCUAAGAUGUGACAUUUUUGUUCGUUGGUUGGUUGGUUUUUAAAUCUCAUGAUUUCCUGAAAUGUGCUGAACUGUUAGAGAAAAAUCUCUUAUUAUGUUUUCUUUUUAUAUAUGUCACUGUAGUCGAAGUUGUUCCAGUUUUGUAUGUUCCCUGCGGCUGCACUGGCUUAUUAGCACUUAAAUGUGGAUAACCACUGCAGUUAUGUCGAGUCAAACGCUAAAAGGCUAAGCUUUCCAAUAGAUUCUUUUUUCUUUUUUUUUGCAAACCAAUGGGCUGCUCUUUUUGUUUGAUUUUACAUAAGCUCUGUGAUUUUAUUAGGCUACAACAAUGCUGUUAUGCUGGCAUGGCAAAUACAUGAUGAAUAAAUUAGAUCUAUUUGGAGUAAUUUAAACCUUUCAGUGUGAGCGUACACGGCCAGGAUGCAUUCUAGUGUCUAUACUUAACGGUCAGAUCCUCAGAUCUGGAAACAGCCCCCCAUGCUCCUGUGAUCUUUCUUUGCAGAGACUGGGUUGUACACUGUAUUUGAAUGGGAAAAGAGUGUUAAAAAAGUAGAAAAAAUGAAGCUUUAUAUGAAAACAUUCCAUUAAAAGAGCAGCUACCUUGCCCUUAUUGUGCGAUUGAUCCAGUAACUUCACAGGAAAUGAAAGCCGAAAACGGAGGAGAAAUGAAUAAUGGGAGUAACCCCCAACUUGCAGCUGUUAGAAAUGAUCAUAAAAAAAAAAAAGAAUAAAAAACAAAACUGUUCUAGCAUAUUCUCUGCUAACCAUUGUGAAACUCCUCUGCCCCCCUUUUCCUCCUCCCCCCGGUGUCGGUUACCCCUCCAGUGUUUUUCUGUGCUCCCUAUACUCUUGCUUCCCUCCUCCCCAGCCCCUCUUUGCCUGUGUAAGUGUAUUUAAAAAGACCAUGUAGAUGUGUGCACUCUUUCCGAUGUUUGAGACGUACUGAUGACAAAUGCUCCUACAGGA